AUGAUAAGUCCUGAACUAAACGUUUUCUUCACACCAAAUGACAUAAAAGUUAGAAAAACGAUGCCCAUAUGCUUCCCUGAAAAGAACCUCUCUUCUUCUCCCAAACUACUGACCAAAGAAGAAGCUGAUUCAAUCUCUUUCUCGCUUUCACAACUACCAUAUAUCCUUGACUAUUUUUCCUUUCCCAAAAACUCACCUCAAGCUCAAGCCAUGGAAUACACUUUAGCACAAUGUGAGCUAGAGCCCAUCAAAGGAGAGACGAGAUUUUGUGCAACUUCCCUAGGAUCGAUGCUUGACUUUGCACUCUAUGUGUUUGGCUCGAACACGCGGAUCAAGGUUUUGACCACUACCCACCUGAAAGACCAAACUGCCCUUUUGCAGAACUAUACGAUUUUGGCAAAACCUAAAGAGAUUUUUGCUCCGAGAAUGAUUGGGUGUCACACAAUGCCUUACCCCUAUGCGAUUUUUUAUUGCCACAGCCAAAGUAGUGAGAACAAGGUGUUUGAGAUUUCUCUUGUAGGAGAAAAUGGGGAGAGAGUGGAAUCCGCUGCGGUUUGCCACAUGGACACUUCUCGGUGGGACCGUGAUCAUGUGUCGUUUCGCGUGCUUGGGACCGAACCCGGAAGUUCUCCUGUUUGUCACUUUUUCCCUUCAGAUAAUCUAGUUUGGGUUUCUAUUUUAAAUGCAAUGUAA